AUGAGUCUAAUGGCACCUGCCGCUACUCCUGAGAAGCGGAAGCGAUCAGUGACUUCCGCAAUCGCUCCCCAGCGCUCUUCGAAGAUGGCGCGACUAGAUUCCCUUACAUCUACCGCUGAUGAGUCUCCGGAUUCUGCCAUUCACUACGGCGUCUACAUGCACGAUCUUCUCAAAAAGUCAGGCAGCGCAGUGUCACGACUCAUUACUGUGUCUGAGGACUUCACCAGUGCCUAUGAAGCCAUGCGUAAGCAUGCUGCUGGGGAAAUUGAGGCAAACGUACACUGGGGCGCGACAACAGAGCUAAACACUAAUAACCUUUACGAGAUACUGGACAGUAGAAACCGUGUUCUUCUGCGCUACGAGUUGGACGCAGUCUGCUCUGUCCGUCAAGACGUCAACGGUGAUCGUAUCUGGCAGCGUGCCAGCGCAUCGCCUGCUCUGCCUGUACAUUAUGGUAUGUACAUCGACCUGCACUGCGAUGCCAGGGAUAAAGAAGAGCAUCUCUUCAUUGGUGGCUUCAAGAGCCUUGGUGAAGCCAAUCAUGCGAUGAAGCAAUCAGCGGCCAUGUACCUCCACGGCCAUGGCGAAACCAAGUUGUACGAGAAGAGCAUCGAGGUAAUGAAUGAGAAGGGACAACUCCAGCGACGCUUCACAAUCGAGAAGGGUAAGCUGAGUAAGAAUGGAAGCUUCCUUAGGGUACAAGGUUGGCCCUUAGAGCAAGGUAGUACCGAUUCGAAGGUUCCAGUCCUCCGUCUACCUAUACCCGAGACAUCGAAGUUGUCCGAACCGCCAACUGCUCAAACGGCUGUUCCGCAAAUCGUAACCGAAGUUGUAGUGCAAGGUAGGCCACAGACUGUACAGAAUGUUCCUGCUCCUGUCAUUUCCGAACCACAAGCUGUCCAGAGCAUACGCCGUCAAUCUCAGCGAUACCAAACCCCCAUCCCGCCUGCCGAUGAAACAAGACAGAAGCAGCCCAAGACCAGACCUCAAGCAAAGCUUAAGGCUCCAGCCAAGUCCGAGACCGCAGCAAAACGUAAAUCGCAACCAAAAACCCAAGUUCAGACUGCGCACGACCCCAAUCCCUAUUGUUCGUGUCGCCUUCCUGACGACGGCAGUCUCAUGAUUUGCUGCGACAACGAACAAUGCCCAAUCGGCUGGUAUCAUGAUCGUUGCAUUAACAUCCGCAAGGCGAUCCCAGAAGAAGAAGAGUGGUAUUGCGAAAUGUGUGCGCGGGAGCGGGAGAAUGAGAAAGCUCGGGGUAUGAAUACGCUGGCUGGGACACCCGUAAAGACAUCUGGAAAGAAAGCAGGAUGUGGUGAUGCAAAGGCGAAGGGAAAGGCGAAGAAGGGGAAAUCAAGUUAA